GAGGCGCGAGCAGCCAGCCAGCGUGUUUUGAAGCUCCUUUCCCGAAAUAACCUGCAAGCUCGGCGAAAAGCUCCACGCCCGAAAAUUCAUCGAUCUCCAGUCUUAUACCUAUAGGAUAUAAUCCCCCGCGACACACCUGACAAGCAGUAAUAAGUGCGAUAUCGCUUAUCAGGCGCACCGCAUAUACAUAAAUCCUCUCUGAGCAUAAGCGACCCCUUGAUAUAGGUAUCGAUCAGCUGGCUACAGCGACGAGGACGACGAGUUGCCUCUCUGGCGUCCAGCGGCGCGGCUGCAUCAGUGGUGGGGCGCGUAUAUGUCCCUCGUUCCGCCGCCGCCUCUGUUCGGGCAGCAAACGAGACGGGGCAUCAGUUGCGCGGAAAGACAUCGGCAGGACGGAAGGAAGUCGCGCUGAGCCGCGCUCGACAUGGCCAAGCGGGAAGAGCUUGAGUACAACUUUACGUUCCCGGGCGCGGCGAAGCCGGCCGCUUCGUCGAACUCCGUCAGGUCCGUCGACGACUUCGUCUUCGUUUACGAGGAGCAGAAGAGACCGCUCGUCGUGCUGCUGGGAUGGGCCGGCUGUCAGGACAAGUACCUCGCCAAGUACAGUGCCAUCUACGAGGAGAGGAGCUGCAUCACACUGCGAUGCACGGCCCCGAUGGAGUACGUCUUCUGGCGGCAGGACCGACUGCCGCGAGUCAGCAGACGUCUCAUCCAGCUGAUCCGGGAGAAGUGCUCGGACGAACACCCGGUCAUCUUCCACGUGUUCAGUAACGGCGGGGCCACUUUUUAUCACCACAUCAGUCGCGCGAUGCAACAAGCCGGCUCGCCGCUCAAGGUAAAAGGUGUCAUCUUCGACAGUUCGCCGGGAGAAAACCGGGUCUCGAGUUUGUUCAAAGCCUUGAAAGCGAUAAUUGGCGGACACCCCUUGACGAGCAUCCCAAUCUCGUUCGCGCUCACGCUAUUCUUCUCGUUCGUCUGGUAUUUCGAGAUAAUAAUUUUUCGAGCUUUGGGCAGAAAGGAGGUGAUAAAAACUGAUCCCAUAUCCCUGACGGAGGAGCCGUACUCCUGGCCGCAGAUAUUCCUGUACUCGGACGUUGAUUCGUUGAUACGCGCGUCUGACGUGGAGAAGUUCGCGAGCCGACGGGCAGAACGUGGCGUGCGCACGCAGUUGGUCCAAUUCACGGGCUCGCCCCACGUCAAGCACCUCAACACCUACCGCGACGUCUACGUGAGCACAGUGUGCAGUUUUAUCAACGACUGCCUGCGCGACAACGGCAGUCCGAACAAGAAACCGGAAACGCCGCUCUACCUCACCAAACGCAUCGUUUUGCCUCAGGAAGCUGCUGUUAGCACCAAGCAGCAGUGAGUCGCUAAUGACUAUUUUUUCUUCGACACGAGAUGCGAUGAAUUGAAAUUUACAAGCCGGCGCUGUAUGCAUGUGUAUGAAUUGAUAUGAAUAUAUCACCAACAGGUGUGCUCUCUGAAUUUGCUUUAGCUUGGAGCUUUGUGUUUUAUAAUUCUUGUGUAAAUUGUUUUUUUAAGCGCGUGAUCUAAACACACACACACACACACACACGCGUAUAUAUAUAUAUAUAUAUAUAUAUAUAUAUAUAUAUAUAUAUAUACGUGUGUGUGUGUGUGUGUGUGUGUUUAGAUCACGUAACCGACACACACACAUAUAUAUAUAUAUAUAUAUAUAUAUAUAUAUAUAUAUGUGUGUGUCGGUUUUGUUGUUUUAUUACUCGAUUUUACAGUGUAUUUUUUAUACCGAAAUAAGUAUGUGCGUUACUUUGACGAGAAUAAAACAUUAUUCGUGUUGUGUUCAUUUUUUUUUAUUUAAUACUUUGAGUCGAGUUCUCGCAUCAUCAGAAAAUUGCACGCAUUAAUCGCAACUUAAUUGAUACACUUUGGACGAUGGAUGCUCUUUUUUAAUGCACAUCAAGAAUAAGUUAAUUGUACGAACCUAAGCAUGUUAUAAAAUCCAACAAAUUUAUCAAACUGAAUUGACAAGAAAAAUCGCAUUUAAUUUUAAUUAAACUAUUAUAUUAAUACGUGCACAAUUUUAAAUAAUGUAUGUUCAUUUCAUAUCAAAGAUAAAACGUGAUUAUCUCUUAUGAUUGAGCUUUUCAACGGAAUCUCACAUUCUUAUACGUAUUUUUUUAUUAUUCUCCUGCUAAAUAAAUUUUAGUUCCUUUUUUAUAUUUGAAAUUUGACAAGAUGCUAAAAUGUCUCUGUUGUCGCACAAUAAUCUUUUAUAGCUGUAAUUAUAUUUUAUUUUGUUACAUUUUUUAUUGUAAUAAUCGAAGUUGAUUAUUAGCUUUCUAUAAACAUGAUUUAUUAUUAUCCGUCCGUUAAAUGAUGAUUAGUUAUUUAUAUGUUUACUUAGAGGAGAACGAAUAUAUUUCAAACACACCGAACAAAUACUUUAGUCUUCCAUUUGAAUUGAUAAAUUGACAAAACAUACAUUAUGCCACAAUAAUGUACAGAUAUUGCAUUUAUUAUCAUUCGAUCUUUAUCUUGAAUGUUUAUAUUCAAAGUCCAAAUUAUCAUCACUACAAAAAGAUCAACUAUGAAAAAAAAUCUGCAAUAUAAAUAUACCGUAAUAUAUUGUACAAUUGACAGGCAAUAUAGCGAAUCUCAUUUCAAUUAUUUAUGUGUUUACUAUUAUACCUUCAACAAAAACUUAUCAAAAAAAAAAAUUGUCACAUAAAACCUACAUCUCCAUUCAUAUUCAUUUCAUGGCCCAAGUAUUAUUAUACUGAGGUCUGAAAUCAAUGAAAAAAAUUAACACGCCCUAAAAAAGUAGGAAAGAAUUUUAGUAAUUUGCUUUAAAAUUAAAAACGUUUACGUGCAAUUAUUAUACCUUAUAUAAGUCUAUAACAUAAAAUAAUAUGAAUGUGUAGAUAUUUUCAGAAAAAAGCGUCGAGCUGGUCUUGAUGCAAGCGACUAUUUAUAAAGAAUCUUACUUAUAAAAUUCAACUUUAUAAUUCUUUGUGAAAUUACGCAUUUAGUGAUGUAUGUAUGUACGUAUCGUACGCUCGUAACCCGGAAACAGACUUUUUCAAGAAUGACGUACUAUAUUAUAUUUUAAAAACUAUAUUUUACAUGAAAUUAUGCUUUAUGAUUAUCGCAUAGGGUAUCCAGAAUUUGAGUGUAUAAUGAAUCAGAUAGUUAUGAAUAAUAAAGACUGAAUUGAUAAUCCUAUUUAGA